UGUCUUCUGUCAUCAUCCACAAAAUGUAAAUUUUUUUAUUAACCCUAUUUAUGCCCAAUAUACUUAAUGGUUCAUGACAAUGUAAAAUUUAAAUUAUUUUUAAUAAUUUAAUACUAAAAUCAUAUAGUAAAUAGUAUUUCUCAUUUUAAAAUGUAAAAUGUAAAAGUUACAUGCAAAUAUUCAGUUUUCGAAAAUCUACUCCUUAUAAAUUUACAAAUAUAAAUACUUGAAUGAAAACUAUUCAAGUUGCAUUUAUUUGAUAGUUACGUGCAAACAAUUUAUACACUAUCAUAUAAAACCGAUGAAGUUGUAUGUCAUAUAAAUUAACCACUCAAUUAUAUCCUCUCUCAUCAGUGUAAAACAAACGAAAAUAAACACCCCGUGCGGGAGCUCGCUCUAGUUAGGGUUAAUCUCUCUCACUCUCAGAGUCAAGUCGCGGACGGACAGAGAGCAAACACAAGGGUUUGAAAACACAGAACUUAAGUUUGUUCUGAAUCGAAAUCGAAGGCACUCUUUCUGGGUCUGUUCUGAAUCGAAAUCCAAGGCUCUCUAUCUCUUCUUCUGAAGACCAAAUCGAAGCUUUUUCUGUGUCUCAAGCGACUUCUAGAUUUUGAAAAUGUGGAAGCUGAAGAUCGGCGAGGGAGACAGUCCAUGGCUGAGGACGACCAAUAAACACGUCGGAAGGCAGACUUGGGAGUUCGAUCCGCUCCUCGGGACCCCUGAGGAGCUCGCAGCCAUCGAGGAAGCAAGAAACUCCUUCACACAAAAUCGAUUCUCCAACAAACACAGCUCUGAUCUUCUCAUGCGCCUUCAGUUUUCAGGAGAAAACUUGAUUAACUCAGUUUUACCACAAGUCAAACUCGAAGAAAGUGAUGAUGUUACUGACAAGAUUGUGGAAAACUCGUUGAAGAGGGGUUUAGAUUUCUUUUCAACCUUACAGGCCCACGAUGGCCACUGGCCUGGAGAUUACGCUGGCCCUAUGUUUCUUCUCCCUGGACUCAUUAUUACACUCUCCAUAACUGGAGCAAUGAAUACAGUCUUGUCUGAACAACAUAAACUUGAAAUGUGCCGUUAUCUCUAUAAUCACCAGAAUGAAGACGGAGGUUGGGGUCUACAUAUUGAGGGACACAGCACCAUGUUUAUGUCUGUCUUGAACUAUGUUACUCUGAGGCUGCUUGGACAAGGACCUGAUGAUGGAGACGGAGCUAUGGAGAAAGGCCGAGACUGGAUACUCAAUCAUGGUGGAGCUACACAUAUCACUUCCUGGGGAAAAUUGUGGCUAUCAGUGCUUGGAGCUUUUGAAUGGUCUGGAAAUAACCCACUACCACCUGAGAUAUGGCUUCUUCCCUAUUUCCUCCCAAUCCAUCCAGGAAGGAUGUGGUGUCACUGUCGGAUGGUCUAUCUGCCCAUGUCAUACUUGUAUGGCAAACGGUUUGUUGGUCCCAUUACGUCCACUGUUUUGGCACUGAGAAAGGAGCUUUUCAGUGUGCCGUAUGAGGACAUCGACUGGAACCAAGCACGCACUCUUUGUGCAAAGGAGGAUUUAUACUACCCACACCCACUUGUGCAAGAUAUUCUUUGGGCAUCACUUCACAAAGUUGUUGAGCCUGUUCUAAGCCGAUGGCCCGGUACAAUUUUGAGAGAAAAGGCUUUAAGAACCACACUGGAACAUAUUCAUUACGAAGAUGAGAAUACAAGGUACAUCUGCAUAGGACCCGUGAAUAAGGUACUAAACAUGCUUUGCUGCUGGGUAGAGGACCCAAACUCAGAGGCUUUCAAGUUGCACCUACCAAGAAUCCAUGACUAUCUCUGGUUAGCUGAAGAUGGAAUGAAGAUGCAGGGUUAUAAUGGAAGCCAGCUAUGGGAUGCGGGUUUUGCUGUUCAAGCUAUUCUGGCAACCAACUUUGUCGAAGAAUAUGGGCCCGUUCUGAAAAAAGCACAUUCUUUCGUCAAGAACUCCCAGGUGUUAGAGGAUUGCCCUGGAGAUCUGAGUUACUGGUAUCGCCACAUUUCUAAAGGGGCUUGGCCUUUCUCAACUGCAGAUCACGGAUGGCCUAUCUCUGACUGCACCGCAGAGGGUCUUAAGGCUACUCUUUUGCUAUCCAAAGUUCCCAAGGAGAUUGUUGGUGAGCCACUAGAUACGAACCGGAUAUAUGAUGCUGUUAACGUUCUCAUUUCUUUACAGAAUGCAGAUGGAGGCGUCGCAACAUAUGAGCUCACAAGGUCAUACCCUUGGUUGGAGCUAAUCAACCCUUCAGAAACCUUUGGCGAUAUCGUUAUCGACUAUCCUUACGUGGAGUGUACGUCAGCUGCUAUCCAAGCGUUGGUAGCAUUCCGAAAGCUUUAUCCGGGUCAUCGGAAGAAGGAUGUAGAUGAAUGCAUUGAGAAAGCGGUCAAGUUCAUUGAAUCUAGUCAAGCAACAGAUGGCUCAUGGUAUGGAUCAUGGGCUGUUUGCUUCACGUAUGGUGCAUGGUUUGGAGUGAAAGGGCUGGAAGCUGUUGGAAAAACAUUGAAAAACUCUCCAGCUGUUGCGAAAGCUUGUGAAUUUCUGUUGUCGAAACAACUUCCAUCAGGGGGAUGGGGAGAAAGCUAUCUUUCAUGUCAAGACAAGGUAUAUACAGGCAUUAAAGGCAACAAGUCUCAUGUUGUGAAUACAUCAUGGGCUUUGCUCGCACUCAUUGGUGCUGGCCAGGCUGAGGUAGAUCAAGAACCACUACACAGGGCAGCAAGGUACUUGAUAAAUGCUCAAUUGGAGGAAGGUGAUUUCCCACAACAGGAAAUAAUGGGAGUAUUCAAUAGGAACUGCAUGAUAACAUACGCUGCUUACCGAAACAUCUUUCCGAUAUGGGCAUUGGGGGAGUACCGUAGCAAGGUGAUACUACAAGUAGAAUGAGAAUGAACCCAGUUAUUGUGUGUAAUUUGACUCCAAAACUUGGUUAGGUUAAUGUCUAUUGGUGAAAAUAAUUUGCAUCUAUGAUUUGACUAAGAGUUCAAUAAUCUAUUUUGUAAAUUCUCAAGAUCACUUGCAUUAUGGAUU